AUGUCAAAUUCAUGUGUAGACUUCUAUUUCAACAUUGGUGAUAUAGAGGAAGGGAAUCUCCUGUCGAAAUUGAGAGAUUGUAACAGACAAGAAAUUAAAUCCCCAAUGACAACAUUAAAAUUAUUGUUUGAAUCAAGACAAUUAUUGAUACUUUUUCUUGGAAAGAUCACAUUAAGUAAAGGUCUCAAGGCAUAUUUGUAUAUAAUAUUUAUGUUCAUACAAGAUUACUCCCUUGGAGUUAUAACAUUGCGUUUCUUGUAG